AACUUCAUCUAUCAGUAUGGUUGCACUAGGCUUUAAUUGGUAAACUGAUUUUGAUUUUUAAGGAAUUUAAAAAGAUGGCAGGAAAUGAGGGAAUGGACACCUUAAUUCCUAUAGUCAAUAAACUACAUGAUGCGUUCACAAAGCUUGGAGUUAAUUUAUCUAUAGAUUUGCCACAAAUUGCUGUAGUUGGAGGACAAAGCGCUGGAAAAAGUAGUGUUUUGGAAAAUUUUGUUGGCAGAGAUUUUCUACCUCGUGGAUCUGGUAUUGUCACCCGUAGACCACUAAUCCUGCAAUUAAUCAAUUCUCCUCAUGAGUAUGGAGAGUUCCUUCAUUUAAAAGGGAAAACCUUCACAGAUUUUGAUGCAAUCAGGAAAGAAAUAGAAGAUGAAACUGACAGAACAACUGGUUCUAAUAAAGGAAUUUCACCUCACCCAAUUAAUCUGAGAGUGUACUCUCCACAUGUUUUGAAUUUGACCUUAAUUGAUCUUCCGGGAAUGACUCGAGUUCCUGUUGGUGAUCAACCCCCAGAUAUUGAACAUCAAAUUAGGGACAUGUUACUCACUUAUGUGAAAAAGGAUAGUUGUUUAAUUUUAGCAGUGACUGCUGCCAAUCAAGAUAUUGCUACAUCUGAUGCUCUUAAACUUGCUAAAGAAGUUGAUCCUGAAGUAUUAAACUUGACUCUUGUUGACUUACCUGGUAUUACUCGAGUUCCUGUGGGAGAUCAGCCACUGGAUAUUGAGAAAAAACUUCAUGACUUGAUUAUAGAUAUUAUAUCACCUAAGAAUUGUAUUAUCUUAGCUGUGCACCCAGCAACUGCUGAUAUUUCAACUUCAGAUGCCUUGAAACUUUCCAGAGAAGUUGAUCCUGCAGGUCAG